GGGCGUGAUGAAGUGUGGGCGGCUCUUCAUCAGCACCGGCGUUCACACAGCGCUCCGAGAGGAAGCCUACAGCGGACGCAACACGCCGAACAGGUCCAUCUGAGGUUCUCCGUCUUCCUUUGUGCUACACGCUAAAGAACAGGAUCCUACACGCAGAUCUCAUCAGGUGUUUAUCACACUGAGAGACUCUUCCGGGCCCUGAAGCCUCCUCCUAGGUACGCCACCAAUCAUCACUGGAGUACCACCACCUAGACAGGAGUAAGGAGUGAACCCCUCCCCUCUGAUUCAGAUGGCAGACGGUCGGCAGCCCGAGGACAGCGGCCCCCAGUGGUCAUCUCCGGGAGCCCAGGGCUCAUCCUCCCCAGGUGGGCAUGGAGAGAACGGCUUCUCUUCCUCCUACAGGGCUUGCCAGUCUGGUGGUGGCCAUGCUGGUUCUGCCGCUUCGUACGCCAAAGAGAACGGCUUCAACGGAGACCUGACCUCUGGACACGCUGUGACUGCUGAGCAAGUGUCGGCGCGGAUCGUGCAGGAGGUUACGGCAGAGGCGGUAGCGGUACUGAAGGGAGAGCAGGAGCUCCAUCCGGACACUGCCGUCAGGCUGCCAUCAGUGGAAGACUCUGCAAACCUGCCGCCUUCACCUCCUCCGUCCCCAGCAGCGGAACAUUUUGGGCCUUUGGAUCAAGAUGUAGGGGAUGAGGAGGAAGCAGGUCCUCUCCGCCGCUUCCAAAAUUCUCGCGAGAGGUGCAAGUUCCUCGCCCCCUCCAUCUCAGUGUCUGUGCCUGAGGAUGACCCCUACCACUCUGACGAGGAAUACUAUGAGCACCCUUUAUUCAGCCCAGAGUGGACGCGCUCUGGCUCUCGCCCCCCAGGGCAGGCCGCCGCGUUUAGACAGAUCGAAGAAGAGGAGACCAUAGAGAGUCUCUCAGCUGCGGAGGAGGAAGAGGAGGAGACUUCAGAAGCCGCAGCAACAGCAGCAGCUCUAGAGGAAGAGGAGGAUGAGGAGGAGCAGUGGAGUGGGGAGGAGCCUGAGCAGGAAUCCCCAUCUGAGCUCCUAGAGCGGGCAGAGGUCAUAGGCGAGGCCCAGGCUCUGCCCGGCCUGCAGGCCGAGGCUGUGGUUCACACCCAGGCAGCUACUGCUGCUGACGAGGCCCCUAAUGGGAGAUCUGAGGAGGCAGGAGGGCAAGAAAGCCUUGCGGAAGCUGUGAAGAUGGAAGCAGAGCGGCCAGAAAGCGAGAGGACAGAUCCCAUUGGCAUGGACUUCACUGAUUCCGCAAUGCAUCUAGAUGAUGAACUCCCAUCUUACCAGAGCCUUGCCAGAGACAUAGAUAUGCCAGAAAGCCCCUUUGCUCGAACAUGCCCCAUGGAGGAUUUUGAAGUGCCUCCAAGUUACCAGGGUCAUGCCAAAGAUCCAACUGAAAAGCCUGUUGUACAAAGUGGUGCUGUGAAACAGCCUUCAACCGAAGCAGGUGACUCCGGCAAUAUCCAUGAGGUCAAACCAGAGCAGAUUCAAGACAAACAAAUAGAAAAAACAGCAACAGAGGGGGACAUGAAGGACAAAUCUGGCAUGUCUGCUUAUUUUGAGACCACUACAAUUAAGACGGAUGCUGCUGGGUCUCAAGGAGAAGGGUAUUAUGAGCUGAGUACUACAUCAGAAGAACAAAAGGACUCUAUUGGUAACCUGCCACUUCCCGAAAUCAGCUACAGCACUUUGGCUCAAACACACUCUUUGGAAGUCCAGCCAGAUCUUCCAAAAAGUAGCGCAGACACACUACACACCACUUCACCAGCAGAGAGAAGAGAUGACUGCAGACUGUCUCCUGGAAAACUGGCUCUAGAUCAACGAAGUUACUCUUUGAAUAUCUCCAUUGGGGCAGUGAAUCAUGGCGAUGCCCAAGGAAGUCCCAGAAACUUCUCUCCAUUGGCCACCGACAUCAUGUCUCAUACUAGUGGGAGCCUUGACGAAUCUGCCGAUUACCUUCCUGUCACAACUCCCUCAGUGGAGAAUAUCCCUCAGUUUCCGCCACUGAUCUUGGAGACAACUGCCUCUGUCACAACUCCAUCAUCUUCACCUCCCCAAGCAACAAUCACUGAUGUAAAGACAAGUCCACAGACAGAGUCUCCAGAAUCACCUGUCCAAGCCAAAUGCUGUUAUAAAAACGGCACCGUCAUGGCCCCAGACCUGCCUGAAAUGCUGGACCUGGCAGGUACCCGAUCAAGGUUGACGUCUGACAACACAGAACCAGAUAUUAUGAGGAGGAAGUCUGUCCCAAUGGACAUGUCUUCUAUGGUGAGUGAUUCAUUAGCACAUUUGUUCAAAGGUGACCAGGGCAAGAUGGUUACAAAGAGAGAAAUGCAGCUAGAGGAGCAAGGAUAUUGUGUCUUUAGUGAAUACUCUGGUCCCAUGCCAUCCCCUGCAGAUGUGCACAGUCCAAUGGACUGUUCUCCUCAAAUCUUCAAAACAGGGAUAUCAGAGGAAAAAGAAACUGGUCUUGAUGCAUUUGGAAAACAGGAGUGUCUAUCGACUGAAGAUCUGAAAGCAACAGAGGUUGUUUCACCACAGGCAGAACCAGCAAAAGAAAAAUCAAGGAAUGAAGAUCCCUUUGAAAAUGAAAGUGCACCUUCUGAAAAACCUUCUACAGAGUCUAAGCAAGAUGAGUCUGAUCUUUUGGAGACUGAACCUUUGGAAGAAAUCAAGAGUCCAACUUUACCUGAUAAUGAGAAAGGACAGUUAGACAAACAAGCUGAAACAUUUAUCACACCAAAAGUGACGGUUACUCUUGAGGAACCAAAGUCUGAUUUUGAUGCAGGUACUAAUCUUGCAGCUGAAACCGAAGCUGAAAUUGCUGACUAUGAGAGGCAAAUUCGCAAAUUGGAGAUGGAGGACCGGCCUCUGAGUGUAGAGGAGGAACGGGAACUCCAGGAACUCAGGGAGAAGGUGAAGAAUAAACCAGACCUUGUGCACCAGGAAGCCUAUGAGGAGGUGGAUGCAGAGGAUGCAUACCAGCUCACCGGAGCUGCAAAGGACAGAAUUGCUCGGCCCAUUAGACCAUCUCCAGCAUCUUCUAUAGAAAGUGCCACCGAUGAGGAGAAAAUGCAUGUUGGUGAGUUUGAAAAACCUAGAUCACCGGGUAAGAAAGAGGCUCUAAAAACAGAUCCUAAUAGAUUAUCUCCAGUUGGCUCUUUUGAGAAAUAUUUUAGAGAGGAAAGACCUUCUGAGCAGGAGGUAAAGCAGAAGGACUCAGUGGAGCUCCUCAAAGAGAAAGUUGCUGAGGAGAAACCCCAGCCAGCUCCUUCAAAGACAGAUGAGGGUUCUGUUGACACCAUAAUGACACAAGAAGUAGAGGAAGAGGUUGAGCUUGCUAAGGAGCCUGAAGAGGUUAUGCCAGAACCAAAGCCAGCUCUAAACUUGGAUGAGAAGCCAGUGGUUGAUAAAACUGAGCCAAUUGAGGUUGUAGUCGAAAAAGAGGAGGUUAAAGUGGUCGAGAAAGAAGAAGUGGAAGAUGAGGAAGUCUUGGAUGGGGCCAAAGCUGCAGAAGACACUGUUGAGUCUCGAGCUGCAAUUGAGUCAAUAGUGACAGUAGAAGAUGAUUUUAUCACGGUGGUGCAGACCAUCGAUGAGAGCGAAGUCUCUGGACACAGUGUACGUUUCUCAGCUCCCUCUGAAGAAGAACAUCCAAAGCUCCUCCAAGAGGAGGAAGAGGAGGAGGAGUCUGUGGAAAUGGCACAGGAAGUAGAGAUGGAGGCUCCCAGAUUAGAGGAAGUUGUAGAUGUUCCAGAGCCUAUUGAGCCUUCUGUAUGUCCAGCUAAAGAGAUAGAAGUGCCAGAGAGUGAGGCCCCAACUCAAAGCUACGACGACUACAAAGAUGAAACUACCAUUGAUGACUCCAUCUUAGACAGCUCCUGGGUGGACACUCAAGAUGAUGAUAAGAGCAUGGCUACGGAGAACAUUGAGCCUCUACCCAGAGUGAUGAGCCCUGUCAAGAAACCUCCCACAGAGAAACCAAUCAAACAGAGGGCUAAAGGUGGCAGGGCAAAAGGACGAAUCACCACCCCUGAACGUAAACCUAUUCGCAAGGAGCCGGUACCCAUCCAGAAAGAUGAGCUAAAGAAGAAAAAAGCUCUGAUUAAGAAGGCUGAGUUCACAAAAAAAUCUGAUAUUCAGACGUGCUCUCCUUCCCGGAAGAGUGUUUUAAAGGCUACCGUAAGGCACCCUAGACCUACUCAACAUCACGCGUGUGUUAAACGGAAACCCACAGUGUCUGCAGAUGGCCGACUGCCCUUCAGUGUGGCCAGGCACUCCAGAGAUCGGACCUCCAAUCCCACAACACUAACAAAGAUCCCUACCUCUAAAAUUCGGGCAGAGGCUUUGUUGCCGGCCCGGCCGAACUCCGCCAGCUCCUCCAAUAAAAGGAGCCCGUUGGUCGAGGCAGACCUUUAUGAGCCCCGUCCUUCUUCAGCGGGCCCACAAGUAUCGCUAAAUAUAUAUGUUGUAAAGGAUGGUGGUUCUCGGAGCCCAGAGAAGAGGUCAUCCCUGCCACGUCCAGCAUCCAUACUAACCCGUCGCUCACACAUGGCUGAGCACGAGGAGAGUUCCACUUCCAUUACCAGUUCUGGGUCCACAGCACCACGCAGGCCCACAUCAUUCCGUACUGAAGUCAAAGCAGAGCGCAGGACAGGCAGGUCUCAUAGUAUGACAGGCACAGAGUCUGCUCGGUCCCGCUCGGCCCGCAGUGGCACCUCCACACCCCGCACCCCCGGGUCCACGGCCAUCACCCCUGGUACCCCUCCCAGCUACUCUUGCCGUACUCCGGGAACCCCCCGCACUCCGGGCACCCCCAAAUCCCUCAGCCUGCUGUCACAGGAGAAGAAAGUGGCCAUCAUCCGCACACCUCCAAAAUCUCCGGCGACUACACCCAAACAGCUGCGCGUCCUUAACCAGCCGCUGCCUGACCUCAAGAACGUCAGAUCCAAGAUCGGUUCCAUUGACAACAUCAAGUACCAGCCCAAGGGGGGCCAGAUUCAAAUUUUAAACAAGAAGCUGGACUUCAGUCACGUACAGUCAAAGUGCGGAUCCAAGGAUAAUCUGAGGCAUUCGCCCCGUGGAGGCAAUGUUCACAUUCAAUCUAAGAAGAUUGAUCUUAGUCAUGUGACCUCCAAGUGUGGAUCAUUGGACAACAUCCGCCACAGGCCAGGAGGUGGUCAUGUGCGCAUUGAGAGUGUGAAGCUGGACUUCAGAGAAAAAGCCCAUGCAAAGGUAGGCUCACUGGACAAUGCCCACCAUACACCAGGAGGAGGCCACGUACAGAUUGAAAGCCAUAAGCUGUUGUUCCGAGACGCAGCCAAAGCACGUGUGGAUCACGGGGCAGAGAUUGUAAUCGAGACGCUCGGGCUGUCAGGCGGCAACUCUCCUCACCGGCACAGCCACAUGUCCUCGUCCGGGAGCAUCAACAUGCUGGAGUCUCCACAGCUGGCCACGCUGGCCGAUGAUGUGACCGCUGCCCUGGCCAAACAAGGCUUGUGAAUUCAAAAUGUCUCCGUUCAAUCAAAUUCCCUCCACUCGAUCUACAGUAGUCCCCUUCAUUGGUGUCACGGUUGACCCUUCCUCCCGCCGGUAUUUAAUGAAGACUACAGAUUUCACUUCCCAUCUGAAAAAAAAAUAAGCAUUUUAUCUGUUUUUUUUUGUUUUUUUUUUUGGUCAAUUUUAAUGAAUAACGACUUGUUAGAGCUAGAGACCAGUGCUUUUUAUUACCCAUGUUACAUGUGACUUUUUAUGAUUGUGUACAGACAGUGGCCUCAACUGCUGGUUUAGGGUCAGUGUCAGGUGUGUUGCGUAAAAGUCGGUCGAACAGAAUUUUUUAUACACGGGAAUGUGGCGCGACGCUACCAUUCUGCACGUGUUCUUUUGCCCAUUCAGUGCAUGGACUCUAAAACAUCUCAACUGCGAGUCACAUACGAUCAAACACAAUAUACACUAUAAGGGAAUAUAUUUAUAAGUAUACCAGCUCUUUGUCUCGACAUCUCAUGCUCAAUUGAAAAAAAAGAAACGAUUACUCCUUCGAUAAGUUAUUCCUGUACUAUUGCAUUUAAAAAAAAAAAAACUAGAUAGUAUGACGAGCAUGUAUUCUAGUACACAAAAGAGGCUAUUUUCUAUUUCAA